AUGAAAUUUAGAGAAUUGAGCCUGGCCUGUCUGAGACGAUUAACCACGCGGAAUUGGUACAGCAAGACCAUCCAACCGAGUCCCUUUCUUGUCCUGCCCGCAACAAUUGCAGCCUCGAAUCUUCUGCUUGCAGGACUGGUUGGACCGUUGAUGUGGAUGUGCCCAUGUCAAGCCGGCAAGUGGAGACAUUUUCAAGAGACCGGCGAAUCUGUAAAUCCUCCUUUUGGCUGCCGGUCUCCGAGCGAGCCCUGCACCAAGUCAGACCAGAGACUAGCCAUUUAG